UAGCCCAACCCCCCCAUACGCCUAACCGGCCUGUCUCGGGCGCAACAGUAGCGGGGAAAGACCGCGCGCCCGAGCGUUGGGAGAACCUUAACACUCACCGUGGUCCAAUUUCACCCCAAAAACUCGACACGUUGACUUUUCUCGCGGAGUAGUGAUUUUUUCCCACGGAAGUCGUCGACAUUUUUCCCACGCAUCUUAUGCGGUACUUGUGGAAGCUAACGACGGCUACAAGCUAGGCACAAUAGACGCUAGCCGAUGGAGGCUCCGCGUAAGUAGCUCGCUAUCAACCCAAGCCGGCGAGACGUGACUAAAGACCUUCAUGGACACCGUGUUCCUCCUCCCUUGACUCCGUUCGCAGCACACGGACACGGCGGCGGCGGCUCUCUUGACGCCGCCUGACACGCGCAUUUUCCGGGGAUGAGACACCCGGAUGGCGGCACCAGCUAACUUCGAGGCAAACACUGCGCGUCAAGUGAGAUUAUCUGAAAAUUUGUAUGUUUUAUUUACGUAAACCCGAGUGGAAAAGGCGCCAAUAUUCCUCCUGACAUUGGCCGGGGGAUUAUUUUUUAAUUGGAUUCCGUGCUGCUGGUCCGAGAGCGAAGCAAGCCCCGCUAACCAUCCAUCCACCAUCCGGCCGAUGCGGAGCCCUCAGUGACACCGACCCGGGGGACCCUUUCCCUCCCUCCCCGACAUGCUGAAGUGUAUCCCGCUGUGGCGAUGCAACCGCCACGUCGAAUCGGUGGACAAGCGGCACUGCAACCUGCAGGCGGUUCCCGACGAGGUGUUUCGAUACAGCCGCAGUCUGGAAGAGCUCCUGCUGGAUGCCAACCAACUCAAGGAGCUGCCUAAGCCUUUCUUCAGACUACUGAACCUCCGGAAACUGGGCCUGAGCGACAAUGAGAUCCAGAGACUGCCCCCUGAAGUGGCCAACUUUAUGCAGCUGGUGGAGUUGGACAUAUCCAGAAAUGACAUUCCCGAAAUCCCCGAGAGCAUUAAAUUUUGCCGUGCUUUGGAGAUCGCCGACUUCAGUGGAAACCCCCUUUCCAGAUUGCCGGAAGGUUUCACACAGCUGCGAGCGCUAGCGCACUUGGCGCUCAACGAGGUGUCGUUGCAGACGUUGCCGAGCGACAUCGGAAAUCUUGCUAACCUGGUGACGUUGGAGCUACGGGAGAACUUGCUAAAAUGUUUGCCAACGUCGCUAUCCUUCCUGGUGAAACUGGAACAGCUGGACCUGGGCAGCAACGAACUGGAAGUGUUGCCGGACACACUCGGCGCACUGCCCAAUUUGAGGGAACUUUGGUUGGACCGAAACCAGUUGUCGUCGUUACCACCAGAGCUGGGGAACCUCCGCAGGUUGGUUUGUCUGGACGUGUCCGAGAACCGGCUGGAGGAGCUUCCGUCGGAACUGGACGGCCUACUGGCUCUCACCGACCUGCUGCUCACUCAGAAUCUGCUGGAGGUGGUUCCGGACAGCAUAGGUUGUUUGAAGCAACUUUCCAUCCUCAAGGUGGACCAGAACCGACUGACCCACCUGACCGAUUCCAUUGGAGAGUGUGAAAAUCUGACGGAGCUUAUUUUGACCGAGAACCUCCUCCAGACGCUUCCUCGCUCGCUGGGCAAGCUGAAGAAGCUGACCAACUUGAAUGUGGACCGCAACCGCCUGAGCGCGGCGCCCAAAGAGCUGGGCGGUUGCGCCAGCCUCAACGUGCUCUCGCUGCGUGACAACCGUCUCGGCAAGCUGCCCGCCGAGCUCGCCGACGCCACCGAACUGCACGUACUGGACGUGGCCGGGAACAGAUUACAAAACCUGCCUUUUGCCUUGACAAACCUUAACCUCAAGGCCAUGUGGCUGGCGGAAAACCAGUCGCAACCCAUGCUUAAAUUCCAAACCGAAGAUGACGAACGCACAGGAGAGAAAGUCUUGACUUGCUACCUUUUGCCUCAGCAGCCUUCGCCCAGCCUUGAAAACCUGCUUCAGAACAGCGUGGAUGACAGCUGGACGGACAGCAACCUUAACAGAGUGUCGGUCAUUCAGUUCCAGGAGGAAGCCAAGGAUGAGGACGAGGAUGAUGAAGCCGCCGCUGAGCGCAGGGGUCUCCAACGUCGAGCCACACCUCAUCCCAGCGAGUUGAAAGUGAUGAAAAAGGUGAUCGAAGACAGACGGAAUGAAGCGUUCGGAUCCAGGGAUGGGGACGAUCAGUCCUCCGAUGCGCAGGAGAAACGGCUCAGCGACCUCUCCAAUCAGAGCCACGACUCGCAGGUGUCCGAUAGUACGCUCUCAGCUACCUCCCACGAAGAGAGGCGAGAAGUCUGUGUGCCGUCCCACAGAGAGGACAUCGUGGACGGACACUCCCAUCAUGAGGAGGAGGACUUGGAUGAGAUGGAGGUGGAGUACAUUGAGCCCACCGUUCACUUCGCCGAGGAACCCAUCAUCCGUGGCGGGGAUGAAGACGGUGGCGAUGAAGACGGCGAGAGGAGCGAGGACGAUGACGACGACCGGCCGGCCCUCCCCGCCGAGAAGCAGCGCCUCAUCCGCAAAGACACGCCGCACUACAAGAAGCACUUCAAGAUCACCAAGCUGCCCAAACCAGAGACGGUGGCGGCGCUGCUGCAGGGCUUCGACGCCGACGGCCUGGCCUCGCGCGCGCUGACCGUCGAGGACCGAGCGGACGGGCCGGAGGAGGACCAGAGCGUCGGUACGCCUCGACUGCGGCGGAGGAUGGACUCGUCGGAGUUGGACGAUAGCCGAUAUCACGUCAACUGCAGUCAAGUCAAGGGGGUGUCAUUUGAUCAAGUCAAUAAUCUACUGAUUGAACCUGCUCGAAUUGAGGAGGAAGAGCACACUUUAACCAUCCUGCGGCAAACUGGAGGCCUCGGCAUCAGUAUCGCCGGCGGGAAAGGUUCCACGCCGUACAAAGGCGACGACGAGGGGAUCUUCAUCUCCAGAGUUUCCGAAGAAGGGCCCGCAGCAAGAGCAGGAGUUAAAGUGGGAGAUAAGCUUCUCGAGGUGAACGGCGUAGACCUCCACGAAGCCGAGCACCACACGGCCGUUGAGGCCCUGCGCAGCUCCGGCGCCGCCGUCUCCAUGACGGUGUUGCGCGAACGUAUGGUAGAGCCGGAGAAUGCCAUCACCACCACUCCGCUAAGACCCGAGGAUGAUUACUUCCCGCGAGAGAGGCGAAACAGCAGCGGGUUGGUCUUCGGUGUGGAGGGCGGACAAAGCGUGGGACCGCUGCAACGCCUCUCCACCUGCCUGGUGCGCAACGACAGGGGAUUGGGCUUCAGUAUCGCCGGGGGAAAGGGAUCCACGCCGUACCGUGCUGGGGAUACGGGGAUCUACAUCUCUCGCAUUGCAGAAGGGGGAGCAGCACACCGAGACAGCACGCUACGUAUUGGUGACAGGGUCAUCUCUAUCAAUGGUGUAGACAUGACAGAGGCCAGACAUGACCAGGCAGUAGCGCUCCUUACCGGCACCUCCCCUACUAUCGCCCUCCUGGUGGAGCGGGACCCCAACGCCCCUCGCUCUCCGGGCCCGUCCCGCCAACGGGCCCACUCGCCGCCACCCCCGGAGCCCUCCGAUUCCCCGGACCAGGACGAAGACGGCCUGCAUGGGAACCACCUGGGCCGCUUGGAGGAUGAGUAUCCCAUCGAGGAAGUGACACUGGUCAAAUCCGGCGGCCCCCUCGGCCUGAGCAUCGUGGGGGGCAGCGACCACGCCAGCCACCCUUUCGGCAUCAACGAACCUGGGGUGUUCAUCUCAAAAGUGAUCCCUCACGGUUUGGCGUGUGAAAGCGGCUUGCGGGUUGGUGACCGGAUCCUGGAGGUUAACUCCAUCGAUCUGCGCCACGCCACACAUCAGGAAGCCGUCAGGGCGCUGCUGGCUAAUAAACAGGAGAUCCGAAUGCUAGUGAGGAGGGAUCCCUCGCCGCCUGGAAUGCAGGAAAUUGUGAUCCACAAGCAGCCAGGAGAGAAAUUGGGGAUUAGCAUACGCGGAGGUGCUAAAGGUCAUGCGGGAAAUCCUUUCGACUCGACGGAUGAGGGGAUCUUCAUAUCCAAGGUGAGCUCAAGCGGCGCAGCCGCCCGCGACAGCCGCCUCCAAGUGGGUAUGCGCAUCCUGGAGGUGAACAACCACAGCCUCCUGGGCAUGACGCACACCGAAGCCGUACGAGUUCUGCGCGCCGUGGGCGACUCCCUGGUCAUGCUGGUCUGCGACGGCUUCGACCCGCGCAAAGUCCCCACGGCGGAGGCGAGUCCCAACGAGGAACCUUACGUGUCUCCCGGCAUCAUCGCCAACCCUUUUGCAUCAGGAAUCGUCCGGAAGAACAGUAUGGAGAGCAUUUCUUCUAUAGACAGGGACCUCAGCCCUGAGGAGAUGGAUAUCAUGCAAAAGGAGUCGGAGAUGGUGAGGGAGACGUCGCAGUGGGAGAAGGAAGAGAUGGAAAAAGUGGAGCGAAUGCGCUUGGAGCGAGAGGAGGCAACUCGCCUGCUUGAAGAGGAGACGGAGAACAUGGGCGCCGGACCUUUAAAGCUGGACUACAAAACCCUAGCGGCGCUGCCCACCACCAGCUUGCAGAAAAUCAAUAGGUUCUCGUCUCCUCUGAAUCCAACCACCCUCAUGGAGGCCCCCCUGCUUGCCCAAUACGGCGCCCCGUUAGACCCUCCAGACUUCAUUUUAAACCACUCCCCUAACCACCUCAUGGACCCAACUACAUCCAAAGAAGACAGCGCUAGCUCCACAGCGACUCUGAACUCCACCGAACAAGAUGAGGAGGCUCUUGUCGACUCUCAGCCCAUCUGUUUCAAGGAGAACCCAUUUUUAGUAGCUAACCGUAAAGGGAAGGGUCUCCCGGCCAAUCAGCAAAUCCUAUCCGGACCCCCAGUGGGGUAUGGGAAGCAGGGGCAACUUCAACCUUGGUUGUUCAGCAAGACGCCUUCAUCCGAUUACACCAGAACAGAAAGUCCAAUCAGAGAUGCCUCUUACUCCCCGACCAUUCAACCGGCAACCAUUCAUUUCACCUCCACCCCCAACACCAAGGACCACACAUCCUCCUCCACACGACCUGGUGCCAUCCUACCAGUCGGGCGCGUGCGACCGAGCACCUCCCCGGCCACCCCGGAUGGCCUCAGCCCAAGCCCCUUUCAGCAUGGCCCCUCUCCAUUCAACUCUCAGACCUCUCCUCGCGCCCCCUCCCCUACCCCGCCCUACGAGUUCCCAGUGAACGCCAAGCAGGCGUACAAGGCGUUCGCCGCCGUGCCUCGCUCGCUAGGGGCGCCGGAGUCGGAGCAGCUUCAGGACCCGUACAUGGUGAAGAACAAUUUCCAUCCCAAACAGCCUUCUCCUGAGCCCGAAUCAAAUGAUGUGUUUGACGACGGUGCGAGCGGUCAGGAGGGGGCCGGCGAGACUAACCCGGCCCUCUCGUCUGACUGUUGGGAGUACAUGAAUCUGGCCGCAGUGCCUCGGCUAUCCAGGCCGUCUCUUGACACGCAGAGUCCGUCUCCCCGUGGUAAGGACAGCCCUGAGCAGCGCUCCUUCCGCGACCGACAGAAGUACUUUGAAAUCGACGUGAAGCAGCAGACGCCCGAUAAGCCCAAACCUCGAGUCUCGCUAGUCGGCGAGGACGAUCUCAAGAAGAUGAGGGAAGAGGAAGAACGUAAAUUUGAGCAGCGAGCGCGGGAGUACCUGCUGGACGAAGAGGAUGAAGACGAUGAGGAAGACCUGGCCAAGCAUGUAGCGCAGAUGAAGGUGACAGGCAAGGUGCUGCUGGAUGGAGUGGAGUACGACGUGGAGCCUGUUUCCACACCGUCGCGACUGUGUGCCACGCCGCCCAACUACUGUGGGAGUUCAGGGCCUCCAUCAGUGGACGGUAAAGGAGACACGCUGAGGAAUUCGUUAGAUGACAGCUUCCGACUGGAGCAGCGGCCCAAUUCCAUGACUGGUUUGAUCCCCGUCUACCCCGGCGACAACUCGGCCCCCAUUCGCACCGCCAAAGCCGAACGCCGACACCAGGAGCGGCUUCGCAUGCAGAGUCCGGAGCUGGCCGUGGCCCCGGACAAGGAUCUCUCCCCCGCCGAGAAGCGAGCGCUGGAGGCCGAGAAGAGGGCCAUGUGGAGAGCUGCACGGCCUCAAGGCCUGGAGGAUGAUGUUAGGCAGUAUGAACAAGACCUGGCUAAGAGGCUCUACCAGGCUCGAGUGAGGGCGUCACAACCUCCCUCUUCUGCCGCCUCCCAGCUCAGGUCUGCUCCCGCACACAUGAAGUCUUUGGAACAGGACGCCCUCAAAGCUCAAAUGGUCAUCGCUAAGUCUCGCGACGGGAAGAAACGCAACACCUUGGACCAGCUAGCCGAGUCACCGUCGCCUGCGCCCACUCCUUCGCCCACCCCGAUGGAAGAACUCAUCAGUCCACGAGGACUAACCUCCCCUGGAAGACUGUCCCUGUCGUCAAAGAGGUUUGACUACCGCCAGUUUGCCGCCAUUCCCUCUUCCAAACCGGUUUACGACAUCCAGAGUCCCGACGCGGCGGACGACGUGCAGUACAUCGACGACAGCUCACAGCAUCCGGGUUCCCCCCACAGCCCAGACCCCGAAGUCCCUGUAUCCACCACCUCGGCCCUAGAAGAGAUGGCGCUUUACAGCAACAAGCGCAAAUUGCGACAAGGGCGCCGCAGCUUGGAGACGGCUGUCCCCACGUAACACCUCACUUCGACACCAGUUAACACUACACAAGAAGAGUCAUCCUAUCCAGUCUUGCCUUCAAACACCACGAAGACCCACCACGCUUCCUCCCACUCCUGCUAACGCUCUUUUUUUUUUUUAGCCUUUUUAUUUGAUUGUUCUUAACCGCCCAAAGACAAAAAAAAGUUCUAGUUGUAACAUGUGGAAAAAAAAUAUUUUGACUAGAUUGUAAAAUGUUGUUUUUGGAGUGUAAAUAAUAGUGAGAUGCCAUCCUGCUACCUUCACACACAAGCGUUCAGAAAACAAUUUGCAUAUCGAGCAUCAUUGUCGCACUGCCACGCGGAUUUUUAAACAAGUAAGUUAUUGUUUUUAGUCAUUUUACAUCUAUUUCUGGCUGUAUUAUGUGCACGGCAAAGAUGUAGUAUCACAAUAUGGGAGAGAAAAGAAGUUAGAAGUACUUUAAAAAAUGAACGGUACUUUUUUUUAAUGUUUUAAUCAUCAUUGAAGUUGUGUUCCGGCGUGAUGUGAAGGUAGCGGAUGCUUUAUUUUUCUGCCCGUCGAGGCUAAUUUAAUAAUCUGACGACACUGAGAGAUCAUUUUUCUUAUGGUGUGAAUAAUGUACAAAAUAUGAACGCAAGCUAGUAAAAACUGAGCCAAAGUGUCAUCUGGAUUUGGACGGCACGUGUCGCAUUUUUAUUUUAUUUUUCCGUUUUGGUUCAAUAAUCAAAAGAAACUGAAAUCAAACCACGCCGUCGAUCAUAUCAGCUUCUGUAUCCGACAUUUUGCGUAAUCAUAUAGUUUAAUAAUUUUAGGUGGUCUAAUUCUAGUGGUUCAAAUCAAGUUUGCUAAUAGCUCAUUUUCCAGUUUACCAGUUUUUAUUUUUUAGUUUGGUUUUUUUUAAGCGUAUUUUCUAACGUAAUUCAAUUCCGUAGCGCUGAACUACGAUAGAAAGUUAAUUUAAUUUGAAUGUCAAAUGUAGAGUUAAUACAUUUAUGUUUUGUACAUGAAUUUCAUAUGUCUAACUGGGAGAAAGAAUAUGGGUCUCUUUUCUGUCCAGACCCAGUUGACAGGUUCCAUUGAACGGGGCUAAAAAGACGAAAGAAAAAGCAAAUGUGUGCUCUGCUAUUCGUUCUCUGUAAAGACACAAAUCAAUGGUUUAAUUUUUAUAAAUAAACGUUUCAAAGUCAUGAAAAA